AUGGAUUUAGUCUCUGAGCCAAAUUUGCACUCUUUAAUCACUUCUUCUACUCACAAAUGGGUGUUUGUUGGUGGUAAAGGUGGUGUCGGUAAGACAACUUCGUCAUGCUCCAUUGCAAUCCAGAUGGCAUUGGCUCAACCGCAGAAGCAGUACCUUUUGAUCUCUACAGAUCCGGCUCACAACCUAAGUGAUGCGUUUGGCGAGAAGUUUGGCAAGGAUGCUAGAAAGGUGACGGGCAUGAACAACCUGUCCUGUAUGGAAAUUGAUCCUUCUGCUGCCCUCAAGGACAUGAAUGAUAUGGCUGUUUCGCGUGCCAACCAAAACGGCGGCGGCGAGGACGAUGGUUUGGGUAACUUGCUACAAGGCGGAGCGUUGGCUGACUUAACUGGUUCCAUCCCAGGUAUCGACGAAGCUCUUUCUUUUAUGGAGGUCAUGAAGCACAUCAGAAAUCAAGAGAAGGGUGAGGGCGAAUCCUACGACACUGUCAUCUUCGAUACAGCGCCAACCGGCCAUACUUUGAGGUUUCUUCAGUUGCCCAACACUCUGUCCAAGUUGCUAGAGAAAUUUGGCGAGAUUACAGGGAAGCUGGGGCCUAUGUUGAAUUCGCUGGCUGGUGUUGGCAACGUGGAUAUCGCAGGGAAACUAGCCCAGUUGAAAGAAAACGUUGAGACCAUUAAGCAACAGUUCACAAAUCCGGACUUGACCACUUUCGUUUGCGUCUGCAUCAGUGAGUUCUUGUCUCUUUACGAAACGGAGAGACUGAUUCAGGAGCUUAUGUCCUACGACAUGGACGUCAAUUCCAUCAUCGUCAAUCAAUUGUUGUUUGCAGAGUUUGACAAAGAACACAACUGUAAGAGGUGUCAAGCCAGAUGGAAAAUGCAGAAAAAAUAUCUCGAUCAGAUCGACGAGCUAUACGAAGAUUUCCACGUUGUUAAGAUGCCUUUGUGUGCUGGAGAGAUCAGAGGCCUGAAGAAUCUGCAAAAAUUCUCCCAAUUCUUGGACAAAGAAUACGAUCCUGCCACGGAUGGAUCCAUUAUUUACGAACUGGAAGAGAAAAACUAA